UGGGUUCGUGUUGAGGAGGGGGGGUUGUCUGGUCGGCGCUGAAGGCGAGCAGUUGCACGUACAGCACGCGAGAGAGAGAGAGCGAGAGAGGGAGGGAGUCGAUUCAAACACGCCGGAUUCAGGAACGGAGUUGAAGGUCAUUUGUCGAUGGAGGAGGAGAACGUGCCCGUGGCAGCGGUUCCUGCCGAAGAAAAUGGCGUAGAGGAGGCUACCGAGCGCCUUGACGCGCUGCAAACCGGUGCCGACGACGGCAAGGAUAAUGGAGAAGUCACCAAGAAGAAAAAGAAAAAGAAUAAAAGCAAGAAAAAGAAAGAAUUGCCCGAGCAGACUAAUCCGCCCUCAAUUCCUGUUGCUGAACUUUUUCCAUCUGGGGAGUUUCCAGAGGGUGAAAUUCAACAGUACAAGGAUGAUAAUUUAUGGAGGGUGACGUCUGAAGAGAAGAGGGAAUUGGAGCGCCUUCAAAAACCAAUAUAUAAUUCAGUUCGACGAGCAGCAGAGGUUCAUAGACAGGUUAGGAAGUACAUCAGGGAAAUUUUGAAACCCGGAAUGCUAAUGACUGACUUAUGUGAGACCUUAGAGAACAUGGUUCGUAAGCUAAUAUCUGAAAAUGGUUUGCAAGCAGGGAUUGCUUUCCCUACAGGAUGCUCUUUAAAUUGGGUUGCUGCUCACUGGACUCCAAAUACGGGAGAUAAGACUGUGCUUCAGUAUGAUGAUGUGAUGAAGUUGGACUUUGGGACUCAUGUUGAUGGGCUUAUAGUCGACUGUGCAUUUACAGUGGCCUUUAAUCCCAUGUUUGAUCCUCUGCUUGAAGCCUCACGGGAAGCAACGAAUGCUGGUAUUAAGGAAUCUGGAAUAGACGUUCGUCUUUGUGAUGUUGGUGCUGCAAUCCAAGAGGUCAUGGAGUCAUACGAAGUUGAAAUUAAUGGAAAGACUUUUCAAGUUAAGAGCAUCCGGAACUUAAAUGGACAUAGCAUCGGGCCCUAUCAAAUCCAUGCUGGAAAAUCUGUGCCCAUUGUGAAGGGAGGUGAGCAGACAAAAAUGGAAGAGGGUGAAUUUUUCGCUAUUGAAACCUUUGGUUCAACAGGAAAGGGAUAUGUAAGAGAAGACUUGGAGUGCAGCCAUUACAUGAAAAAUUUUGAUGUUGGCCACAUCCCGUUGAGGCUGCCCAGAGCAAAGCAACUCUUAGCAACAAUUAAUAAGAACUUCUCCACCUUAGCAUUUUGCAGACGUUAUUUAGACCGGUUGGGUGAGACCAAAUAUCUUAUGGCAUUGAAGAACUUAUGUGAUGCUGGAAUUGUGCAGCCUUAUCCACCUCUUUGUGACGUGAAGGGAAGCUAUGUCUCUCAGUUUGAGCAUACCAUCCUACUCCGGCCAACUUGCAAGGAGGUCAUAUCCAGAGGUGAUGACUAUUGAUCUUCUGUAUGUAACAUGUCAGUGAAUACCAAGAAGAUAAAAAGGAUUACAUGUUAGCAAGAUACCGUUUGGCUUUUACUUUGAUUUUGGGGUGUUGGAUUUGUGUUUGUUUCCUGCAUCUCUCGUCUGAAAAAGAUAUUAAAUGGUUCAAGAUAUAUGAUGAUUCUUCUUCUGGAGUUGCUUCAGUGUUGGUUCUGUUGAACUGUUUGAGACAUAUUAUGAGGGAGUGGAGUGGUAGAAAAUUUGCUUAAAAGCAAGUUGUGCAGACCGUAACUUGCUUUAAUAAUAUAUGAUGUGGGGUGACAGUGUUUGCGGACAUUUUUAUUCCAUUCGAAUAACUGGGCUGACAUCCCUUUAUGUAAAUACCAUAAUACUUUCAUUGA